CCCCGCCCCUCUGCUGAGCGGGCCUUUCAGGAUGGCCUCCUGCCAGGGGAGGCUUUAAAAGGGAGGGGGCGCCAGGCUGCUCUCACUCUCAGCAGCAAAGAGCAUCAGAGCAAGACAUCAUGACUCACCACUGCACCAAGUUCUCUGGACACUGGAAGAUCAUCGUGUUCGACGAGGAGUGCUUCCAGGGCCGCCGCCAUGAGUUCACGUCCGAGUGCAGCAACGUGAUGGAGUUGGGCUUCGAGACCGUGCGCUCCCUGCGGGUGGAGAGUGGAGCCUGGGUGGGUUACGAGCACGCCUCCUUCCAGGGCCAGCAGUUGGUUCUUGAGCGCGGCGAGUACCCGCAGUGCGACGCCUUCGGCGGAAGCAACGCCUACCACAUUGAGAGGUUGACCUCCUUCCGGCCCAUCGCAUGCGCCAACCACCGAGAGUGUCGCAUGACCAUCUUUGAGCGGGAGAACUUCCUGGGUCGUAAAGGCGAGCUGAGCGACGACUACCCCUCCCUGCAGGCCAUGGGCUGGUGCAACAACGAAGUGGGCUCUCUGCGGGUCCAGUCGGGAUCCUUCGUGUGCUACCAGUACCCCGGUUACCGUGGUUACCAGUACAUCAUGGAGUGCGACCGUCACUGCGGCGAGUACAAACACUUCAAGGAGUUCGGCUCCCACAGCCAGACCCCCCAGGUCCAGUCCAUCCGCCGCAUCCAACAGUGACCCUUCACCUUUGACCCCCGCUGCUUCCCAGCUGAAUAAACUGUUUUUCCUAAA